GAGAAGCAGAAAUCAAUUCAGAGUUGUUUAAAGCAAUACAAGAUUCAAAGAUGUGUAUAAUUGUAUUCUCACAAAAUUAUGCAUCUCCUAGUUGGUGCUUGGAUCAACUUGUUUCCAUUCUUGAAUACAAAAUGAAGUUUGCAUGUAUGAUAUUGCCUAUUUUCUACCAUGUUGAUCCUUCAAAUCUGAGGAAGCACAAAGGAAGUUUUGGUGAAGCAUUAAACAGACAUGAAGAAAAAUUCAAGUGUGAAAGAGUAGAUGAAAAAGAGUAUUGGGAGGACAAGUUAAAAAAAUGGAAAGAUGCACUGAGCCAAGCUGCUGAUUUGGCUGGAAUGGUCCUUGAAAAUCAGCAUGAAUCCACUUUCAUCAAGAAGGUUAUUAACGUUAUCAGCACGAGACUAAGUCGUCCUGCUUUAUAUAUUGCUUCUUGUUCAAUCGGAAUACAUCGUAGAGCUAGGCCUAUUAAUUCUUGGGUUCAAGAUGAUGGAUCGAACAAUUCAAAUAUUGGAAUACUUCUAGUUUGUGGUAUUGGUGGAAUUGGAAAAACAACACUUGCCAAAUUUGUUUACAAUUUAAACUUUGGAUAUUUUGAAAUUAGUUGUUUCUUACCAAAUAUUAGAGAAACAUCAAAACUCCCUAAUGGUCUCAUAGCUUUACAAAAGCAACUACUUUCUAUCCUUUUAAAGAAUGAAAAGGCAAAAAUAUCAAGUGUUGAUGAAGGAAUCAUCAAGAUAAGAAAUGCUUUAUGUUAUCGAAAAGUUCUUCUUGUUCUUGAUGAUGUUGAUGAGCCUGAUUUGGUUGAAGCAAUAUUUGACAUGAAAGAUUGGUUUGGAUUUGGAAGUAAAAUAAUUGUAACAACUAGGCACAAAAGUUUAUUAAGACCUCAAUUAGGCCAUGAGGUACAUGAAGUUGGAAUUUUGUACACAAUUGAAGCAAAUGAGCUCUACAAUUUUCAUGCAUUUGGUAAUGUAAACAAUCAAAUAAGCAAAGAUUAUUACAAAGAGUACUUAGAGGAAGUAAUUGAAUGGUGUAGAGGACUUCCAUUAGCUCUUCAAGUUAUCGGUUCUUCCUGUUGGGUUUUAGUUAUUGGAACAGAGAGAGUGCAGGGGAUGGUACUUGACAUGCGUAUGAUUAAGAAAUACAAGUGUUCUGGGUCCUUAAUACCAUUGAAACAAAGUCCAAUUGGUUUUUUCACAGCUUGGAGUUCAAAAGUGGGGAAUUUUAGUUUACAAGAUCAUGUGAGAACUGAUGCCUUUGAGAAAAUGCACAAGCUUAAAUUUCUCCAAUUCAACAAAGUUAAAGUGAAUGGAAGUUACAAGAACUUUCCAAAGGGAUUGAGAUGGCUAUGUUGGAGUGGAUUCCCAGAGGAGUGUAUACCAAAUGAGUUUCCAAUGGGAAAUGUCGUUUCUAUCGAUAUGCGAUACAGCUGCUUGAAACAACUUUGGAACGGAUAUAAGUUUCUCCGGUACCUAGAGAUACUGGAUUUGAGCCACUCCACUGAACUCAUCACAACACCGGAUUUCUCAGGCCUUACCAAUCUUGAAAAGUUGAUACUCGAACAAUGUACAAAGUUAAUCAAUGUUCAUAACACCGUUGGAUGUCUACAAAAACUCAUGAUCUUGAACCUUAAAGAUUGCCACAAGUUAAAGAUUCUUCCAGAUAGCAUUUGUGAGUUAAAAUGUCUUGAGACACUUAACAUCUCAGGCUGCUCAAACAUUGAAUAUUUACCAACAGAGCUUGAUAAAUUAACAUCACUAAAGGAACUUUAUGCUGAUGGGAUCUCAAUGAUUAAUUUGGAGGCCCAAACAUGGCAAAAUGCAAUUUAUCUCCAGAUGCUUGAUUUAGGCAUUAUGACCUCACUACAAUGGCUAGAUUUGGGAGGAAAUCCGAUUGACGAAUUACCAGAUAGUAUCAAGAAUCUUACGAGGCUGAAAACUCUUAACAUCGCGUGUUGUACAAAGAUCAAGUACCUCGAAGGGGUACCAUCAAAUGUAACGGAUGUAAAUGCUGAUGGAUGUAUUGGAGAAAGUAGGUUCUUGUGCUAAAGGGCAUCCAGUAGAAGGUCAUCUUAAUUGUAUAAAUCUUGUUGAAGUUGAAGGUGUGUUUAAGUUAGAGCCAUUGGACAGUGUUGAUCCUCAAGUGCUAGCUAACAAAAUGGGAAUUUCAAAUUUGGAAACUAUAAUGAAAAGUAGUGUGGUUUCUCUUGUAUUUGGUCGUGCGUAUGAUGCUGAAAGACUUAGAAAUGAAAAUAUCCAGGUUAUGUACAAGAUGACAUAACAAGUUUAUUUUCAUUAUCACCUAAGAAGUUGCCUCCACAGAUAUUGUACCACCGUGGUGUUUUCUCAACAUUUUUGCCAGGCGAAAGUGUGUGCCCAAUUGGUUCAGCUACAGGUUUACAGAUGCAGCAGAAGUCUAUUGCACAUUACCAAACAACUUCAAUAGCCACACAACAAUCAACGGAUUGAGCAUUUGCUUUGUAUACAAAUGUCCUGAACCCUACACCAAUGUUGGCUUGUACGACGGACCAGCAAUUUGGGUUAGAAAUCAGACAAAAGAUCUGAACUGGGCUCUGUAUCCUGCUUGGUUUGGCCUCCCACGAGAUGAUCAAACUGGAAUCAUCCACUUUUGGGUUCAAAAUUGAUCACUUUUUUAAUUGUUUUAAAAUUAAACUCUUUAAAUAUUUUUUAAAAUACUUGGCGUUCAACU